ACCGAUCGAAUUGAACGCAAAAACACUUCCUCCAGGUCACCGCUAUAAAACGGAAGGGUGUGUUUUUAGGCUACCAUUCGGUAAUUAGUUUUGGCUUGGGACGGUAUGAUGAAGCUCCUCAUCUGUUUUGGUAUUGGCUUCCUAAGUUUAGCGUGUGCUUCGCCAGUAGCGGAGAAAAAGGCUCUGAGCUUCGAAUCUGAUCCUUUGGGAUACAUCAAGGAAUAUGUUGUGGCUUUUCUCGAUGACUUUCUCAGUAAGGAUAAUCAUGAGUUCUCAGAUGAUGUGAAAGUAUCUAAGAACUCAUACAGAUCAAGCGAAUCAAGUGGCAGAAGCAACGAUGAUUACGAAGACAAGAUGGAAAACUACAUCAAAAGUCAUGAUGUCGAAUUCAAAAUCCCUGCUGUUGGUUCAGUAACUGUUGAAGCCAGGAACUUGGACAGCGAUGAGCUGGAUUUCAAAAUCAACUUCGGAACUGGAGUAGAAGAAGCUCGUAAAUCCAAGCUGAAGAAAAUCUUCAUCCCCAUCCUGGUAUUUGUCCUGCUGAAGGCCAUCACUCUAGUGCCUCUGGCUUUAGGAAUUCUCAGCUUGAAAGCCUGGAAUGCCGUCCAAUUGUCCUUCUUCUCAUUCGUGAUUGCAGUCGGACUUGCCAUUUUCCAAUUGUGCAAGAAAAUUGCAGCUGACGGUGCCGCUCCUCAAAUUGCAGCUCACGAAGCUUGGCCAGCCCAACAAUACUACGCCCGAUCUUUGGACAGUGAUGACGCUCAAAAUUUGGCAUAUUCUGCAUAUACGCAGUAGCACUCUUUGAAUGUAUAGUAGUUUUUAAUAUUUAUUGAAUGUAAUUUAAUGUGCAGUAAAGCUGCUUAAUGAACGUUGUGACCUCAAAAUAAACGCUUUUCGAUUA